GAUCCAAUUUUUUCUCCUCCCUCAACCUACACACAUUAAAAAAAAAACCUAGCAGUAUACCCGAUUAGGGUUUCUUGCUUCUGUUCGCCGGACCAGGCAGUCGCCGUCCACCGCCUUCCUUCGUCAGCCAUGGCACCACUGUCAACCGAUCCCAUGGAUCGUCUUCCUACUGGUCUCAAGUUAUUUGUCCGGAAUCUCCAAUCUCUUACACCGGCAAAACUUGAUGACACAAACUAUCCUUCCUGGUCUGCUACGGUGCGUGCGAAUCUCAUGGCUCAUCGUUUGCUUGGGUACGUCGAUGGCACCGAACCAAAACCUCCCUCUAUGAUAUUGGAUGAAAAAGCCGCCGCUCCUGCUAAGGAUGAACCUCCGAUCCUUAAGCCUAAUCCUGCUCAUGAGACUUGGCUGGUUGUGGACGCUCAACUCCGGGCAUGUCUUCUGGCUAUCAAUAUUCGGACCAAUAUUGGAUCUGUGACCUUCAAUCAAGUCUCUGCCUGGUUGCUUUCGGAGGAAUUAAAUGUUUCCCUUGAGAAAAAAUUACAAAUUGGUGACACUGCCUCUUCUUCCUCGUCGGACAUCCACACAGCUCUAUUCACCCAAGCUGGCCGAGGAACAUAUCGGGGCAGAGGUCGUGGCGGGUACCGCGGCAGGGGCGGCCCGCCUCGUGGUGGUGACUUCGGCGGCAGAGGAGGUCGUGCGCCACAGCAGCCUCAACGAAAUCUCGGCGGCAGGUCUGGCUCUCGUGAUCGGGUCAUCUGUCAGUUGUGUGGCAAGUCUGGCCAUACGGUUUGGAAUUGCUGGCAUCGCUUUGAUGAAUCAUAUUCAGGACCACCACAGGCUUAUCAUGUGAAUCAAUCUGCUAAACCAAGUCAGAACUGGCAUCUGGACACUGGCGCAAAUGCCCACGUGACCUCUGAUCUCUCACGGCUUCAGUACUCUACUCCGUAUCAUGGCACUAAUUCCAUUACUGCUGCGGGAGGUAAUACCUUUCCUAUCGAACACACAGGCUCAGUUUACUAAAGAUAAUAAUUGCUCUCUUCUUAUUACCUCUAAGGGCUUUACGAUUCGGGACAAUUCCACCAACAAGGUACUCUACCAGGGCCCCUG